AUGGCUGGCGCAUUCAAUAUUCAACUCUUCAGGGAGAAAACCGGCAAAGGGGAGACGAUCAGCCAGGGUUACAACGUCACUUGGAACACGAUGGACGUUCAUAUGGUGAUGAGGUCCUUCUACGAUCCCGGAAAAAAGCCAGGCUCCUUAGCAAUCGAGGUGUUGAAUACGACAACCGCGGCCGAGACUCCCCAGCCGUCGGUGGAGUUCCAGAUUGCAGAAUAUAAGCCGGGGUCUAAAAGAAUUCUCAUUGACAUUCCCAUCGAAAAAGACGAGGACAACGCCAACGAUUAUAAGUUGCAGGCGACAUUCAAGUCCAGCGGGGACAUAGAAUGUGACAUCUUCUCUGUGCCCGAAACAGACUCCCAGCCGCAAUAUCCUUUGGAAACCAACAAGACGAAUAAAUUCAAGAUCUGGACCAGUCGAGUCAAAAAUAUUGUCCAACCGCGGCCGAAAUCGACCGUGUACCUUCUUUGGGCGCAGGACCCGUGGGGCAGUGGGAACUGGAGGCUUUCCGAGAGACGGCCGGGGAAGCCAUAUAACGGCAAUGGUGUAUUUGCAGAUAGAGUUUUUGGGAGGUUUGAUAGCGUAGAGCAGACAAUGUUCAUGGAAGGUGAUCGGGGAUGGAUCUUCGAAUACGUGGCGUGCGUGAUGUUGGCGACCCGGCUCCUCCACUUUCAUAAGGGCACUGAGUAA